UAAGAGAAGGUUGGUUGCUGUUUACAAACUUUUGGAGCUUCUCUAUUACCCCCAUGACCUAGCACGCAAGGGAGCAUUUGCUCAAAGCUCAUGGGGUCAACCUCGUCCUCAUGCAAGACAGUGCACCUAGAGGCCUCACAUCAGAGCCCAAAACAAAGCAGAAUGGCAUCUAGUUUCAAUCAUAAGAGGAAGAUGAAUCUCCCUGAUAUCAUAAUCACCCCUGAACCAUACGACAUGAACAUGGAUUAUUCUGUGCCCCCGGCAACAGAUAAAGACAGCCACGUGUCCGAAAUAACCAACAUCGAUAGUUCAGUUACUUUAAAAGAGUCCAAAAAUGGCAUACUAAGUGAAAGUGAGAUUAGGAAAAACCCAAUUUCUAAAGCAGAUGAAGCCUCAACCAAAGGAGGCAAGUCAGCACCCACAAAAUUAUCAGAAGAUGACAUACAGGAAAAGAAGAACAGUUUUUUGGAGAAGAAUGUUCAGAAGAUGCUGUUGUUGCAGAAGACGGUCACUCGUGACGCAGUCCUAGAAGGUGCCCCAUUCACCCAUGACUUCAGGCAGUGCGUUCUUGUUCUAGCCAAAUCUUACUUCAAUUUCAAGGUUGGGGAAGUGCCGUACUCUGUGAUUGCUGAACAUAGAAACAAUAUCGGCCUUGCUCUCAUCAAACACGGAACUAUUCAGAUUUUGUGUGAUGCUUUGUCUGAAUCAUUGAAAAAUAUGGACUAUAUAACCAGUGAAGGAAAAAUUUUGAAUGAUUUUUGGUUUCCGGUCAAAAACAUGAUUUUAAUUCUAUUAAACUACAGUGACAAUCAGCAUGAAAUAAAAAAUAUCGUUACAAAGCAACAGAAAGUUUUGCAGCUUUUGCUGCAGUCUCUUCAAGCUAGGAUGCAGCUACAUAUGGAUAAAAGUCUUCCUCAUGAGAUCAACAAAAUGCUCCAGUGGUCCCUUUCAAUCAUUCACAACUGCGCAGUUAGAGAAGAGAAUAUUCCUACUUUGCGGGAAUUGGGAGUCAUCAAGAUUACAAGUCCAUAUCUUGACUCACAUAUGGAAACCAUACGUUUAUCCUCUAUAUCAAUUUUAGCUGACCUAGUUAACGAGCAGGAAGCUGAAUUGCUUGUUACUCACUCCUCACUGUUUAAAUUCAUUCUCAAAAAGCUGGACAAUGCCCUGAAAGAGGAAAGUCAUAAAGAUGUGGGCUGGUCAGCUGAGGAAUUAACCAGAGCCAUACGACAGCUAGCUCGUAAUGAUGCAAACAAAGAAGUUCUGGUCCAAGAGGGAUGCCUUCCAAUCCUUGUUAAUCUUUUAAAUGUUGGCAACGAUGGUGAAACGAAAGAGGCCAUUAAUGCACUGUGGGCACUUUCUUUCAACGAUGAGAACAAGAAAAAGAUGCUGGACGAGCCCAACCUAGUGGAGAAGGUGUACAGGAUGUACUCACUGGCGGAUGGUUCCAGAAAACAGGCCUUCCACGGGGUCCUGUGGUCUAUCAGAAAUGAAUUAGCCGAGUCCGAGAAGUUCAAGGAAAUUGGGAAGGAAAUCUUAACCCUGAGAACUGCAGUUACACCAAAAAAGGAGACUGCCUCAUUUCCCCAGCCAGCUGACUCUUCUUUGUUCAAAGGUCAUGUGAUGAUGAGUUACCAAUGGGCAAACCAAGAUGUGAUCAAGAAAAUUUGUCAUGAACUUCGAGCUAAUGGGGUCCCUGUGUGGAUAGACAUAGACUACAUGGGGGGCUCAACACUGCAGGCCAUGGCUAAGGCAGUGGAGGAUGCUAGUAUUGUCAUCAUUGCCAUGUCUCAGCUGUACAAGGAUAGGCCCAACACAAGAGCAGAAGCUGAGUAUGCCUUCCAACUACGCAAGAAGAUUAUUCCCCUGAUAAUGCAGCGAGGAUAUCGGCCUGAUGGUUGGCUGGGCCUGAUUCUAGGAUCAAAGCUCUACUACGAUUUCAGUGGCAGGCACCCAUUCCAGACGCCGAUGGAAGGUUUGUUGAAGGCUGUCUUGAAGUAUGCUGACCAGGAUACGACAGAUUGUGUAGAACAGCCAGCUGUUGCCAAAGUGUCGAGUGGCUUGUCUACUGUACCUCCCCCAUCUCACCUGGCACUGACACCAACACAGUGUCAGCCCACACAUCCCACAGUGCCUAGCGUCAGUGAAGACGUCAAACGCUGGACGACUGAGGACAUCACAAAGUGGCUCACAACACACAAGCUGCAAAGCACUAGUCUUCAGAAAUUGAGUUUGGAAGAAAUAAUAUUCUUAUUUAAUUUAAAAUUUGAGGCUCCAGAAUUUUUCUACCAUUGUCUUGAGACCAAACUGAAUUUGGUUCUGCUGCCUGAUCUGGCCCAUGCAUCAAAAGCUUUUGAGGAUCUAAAGAACUAAUUGUUUCUUAAAAUGAUGAAGUGAAUGGACGAACACACACAUGCUGUACUACAACAACUUAUCUGGUGGUGACUAAACAUAUUCAGACAACAAGAGUUACUUGACCUUAUCAAUAGCAACAGUUGUCCUUAGGGAGUAUUGUAUUUUAUGUGCCUUGAUUUUUGUAGGCCAUUGUAUUUUGGAGAUUACUGUGUAUGUGUGGGGUAUGAUGUUUUGUAGGCUACUAUUUAAGUAGAAUUUCACAAUGAUCAUUUAUUACACUUUCACUUUAUAAAGUGUGGAACCUUUCAAACAAUUAUUUUGCUCGUAUUAAUACGUAGUUUUAUGUG